AUGGGGCUGUACCCCCGGGGCUAUCACUGGGAGGCCAACGACCAGUUGUUGAUCCGAUUGAACAGAACUAAUGGUAUUCCUCCCGGAGAAUAUACACUGGGCUGGAAAUUCAAGUAUUUAACCUUCUGGAAUCUCUUAAUCAAUGCGUUUGUAUUCGCGUUGUGUCUGACAUCCGAUUGUUUGAAAUCCAAUUAUUUGCCGCAAAACCCAUUGGAAGACAAUUGGAGUAAAAGUUUGUUCCAAAUGCGCGACACUCUCUUCCAUGCGUUGGCCUUUCCAUUGGGAACCUUUGUUUUUCUCAUGUUUUUCCUAUUGUUGACAAUAAGGAAGGGUUUAGUGGCCGAUGAAAUCACUCACAAACGAAAUCCAUGGUUUUUGGGACACUUAACCCACACAAUAGUAUUGCCGUUACUUUUGAGCGAAGCGUUGAUAACGUAUCACAAAAAGUGGUCAACACUUGUGAUGGAUAUAACAAUCCUGUUGUCUGUGGUCUUGUGGUACACACUAUGGAUGCUAUACUUGGGUGCCGUCCACGACCUCUGGCCCUAUCGUGUGCUGCGAGUGAUGGGUUGGCCCUUAAGACUCGCAUUAACUCUGAUAUCCAUUUUAAUAAUUUCGUGGCCUAAGACUCGGCGAUUUAAUGAUUUGUUUGCCAAUAAAGGACUGGAACUGAUUCGCAACCUCUGCUGCGAUGACUACAAGACGGUCGAAAUGGAGCUCAAGAAUCAAUACUAUUGUCUGUCAUCGGCGGCGGCUUUACUCAAAUACACAAAAGGGGCGCUGAAUAUGCGGCUCGAGAAGUGUCACGCCAUCAAAAAAGGUCUCAACCAUCUGCUGGACAUCGCCCGACAGACGUACUCCGAAAAUGUCGAUGACAUCAGUUAUAUCGUCGAUCAGUAUUCCUCCGAGUAUUCGCUGCCACUGCGAGUCAUCUAUACGUCCGGUCGAGGCUUUCAUAUGCAGAUCGUCGGCAAAGAUGUCCACAAAAUGGAGUUUUCAUAUCCGAGACAUUUCUUGCGAAUCAAUGCCAGCAAAACGGCCAUCGCUUUCACCACUCGAGAGAUUGUCGAGAAGAAUAAUCGGAUCAAAUCAGCCGUCGAAGAGAUCUACUUAAUGAGUGACGCAAUUAUCAGUGAAUUGAUUGCUAGACUUCGCGCAAACAUCGGAUGUCUGUAUAAUGUGUCCGAAGUUUUGUCAAAAAUAGAUUUGGUGUUUGCGUUGGCCUUUCAGUGUUCGGUCGCUAACUAUGUUCGGCCGGUCUUUAGCGGCGAUUUGGCCGUAAAACAGGGCAGACAUCCCAUUCUGGAGAAGAUUCUCAGCACUAAACCCGUUGCCAAUGAUAUUCUUAUGUGUGAAGACAACAACUUUAUGGUAAUCACGGGACCAAAUAUGAGCGGAAAGUCAACAUUUCUUAAACAAGUGGCUAUACAUCAAGUGAUGGCACAAAUCGGUUCAUACAUUCCGGCGGAGUUCGCGUCCUUCAGAAUCUGCGACAAACUCUUCUCACGGAUCGGCAAUAAUGACGAGAUUGAGACCAAUUCCUCCACUUUUAUGGUUGAGAUGCGAGACGUGAGUCAUAUUCUGCACAAUUGUACUCAAAACUCGUUGAUAAUCAUCGAUGAGUUGGGCAGAGGAACCAGUGUUGAAGAGGGCGUCGGCUUCUGUUUCGCCAUUUGUGAACAAUUGCUUCAAACAAAAGCGUUGACACUCUUUGCCACACAUUUCACGGAAAUGACUAAACUCGAGGACUUCUACUACAAUGUCUCGAAUUAUGGUUGGAAUCGCACUGUUGUCAUCCCUCCGCCACCGCCGGAACCGGAGUCCGAUUCCUAUACCGACGACGACGACAUCGACUAG